GAGACUGAACCAGAAACUAAACCAGUAACAUAACCAGAGACGUAACCACAAUAAUAACCAGAAACAUAAUCAGAAACAGGACCAGAAGCAAAACAGAAACUACACCAGAAACUACACCAGAACAAACGCAAAACAAACCAGAACCAAAAAACCCAGAACUAGAAACUGACCCAAAAAAGCACCCAUGGCUGGCAUCCUCGCGCAAUCCACCCUACUCCCACCAAAAAAAAAAAACCUCUGGGCUUCUGGCAACCGCACCCACCCGCCGCGGCCGCGCAUACCCUAUAUAUCUUUGGCCCCACGAACCUGCAUUCCCCCAAUCCCCCAACAUGGAGAUUUCGUACGGGCCCCACGCCCUCCAGAAAUUAAAGGUUUUCCACCACUCGCCUCUCAACAACCACACCUUGCUACUUGUCCACGGCGGGGCCUGGAACGACCCGCUAAACACCUACGACGAUUUCCAGGACUUGGUGGGUUUUCUCCAGGCGGCCGGCGCCGGCGGCCUUGUAAACAUCGUAGGCAUCAACUACCGCCUCACGCCCGAGGUGUGCCACCCGCAGCAUUUGCACGACGUGCUAGGCGGCAUUUCCAAGUUGGUGCACGAGCUCGGCGUGCGGCGGCUCCUGGUGGCGGGCCACUCGGUGGGUGCCACCUUGGCGCUCCAGCUACUAAACUACAGGCAAAUCAUGGCGGACGGGGUGCGGGAGCUGCAGAAGGCGGGCCGGGCCGUGGAGCCGGUAGCGCCCGUUGCGGAGUUCACGCUCGACACGCUUUUUUUCAUUGACGGGAUCUACGACAUUGCGGGCCUCGUAUCGGAGUAUGGCGCGCCGUACGCGGCCUUUGUCGACCGCGCGUUUGUUAGUGAGCGGCAGUACCGGGGGGCGGUGCAGCCCAGUUGGCGGUCGCCGGGUGCGUUCGAGUUGUGUUUCGAAAAGGCCGUGGUGGUGCAGUCCACGCAGGACGAGCUUUUGAGUUUGCGCCAGACAAAGGGUUUUCUCGCGUUUUUGCGUGGGGUGGGGGUGGACUGCGAGUACCACCAGGAGGCCUGGGGCCGGCACGAGGAGGUGUACCGGCGGCGCGAAUUGGCGGCGGUCAUGGUGGCGGCGCUCACGCGCGGUGGGGGAAAUGCGACGAAUCAUGUACGGCCAAUGGGGGGAGAGGGGGGAGAGGAAGAGAGGGGGAGGGAGGGAGGGUGAGAGAGCAUUGGUAUUUGAGACCUCAAGCGGGCUAGCUGCGAGAAGUGUUGGGAAAUGUCGACGCAGAGAAUGAGAGAGAGGGGAGAGAGAUGGGAGAGAGAGAUGAGAGAGAGAGGGGACAGAGAUGGGAGAGAGAGAUGAGAGAGAGAUGAGAGAGAGAGAUGGAAGCAGCAGAGCUCUAUAAUAAUUAGGAGCUGAGCAGCUGGGGUGGUUGAAGAAUCCAUAUAGACUACAAACAUUGAACAGAAAGCGGCCCUCUGUAAUAUCGUAAGAGGAAGGAGAAGCAUGAAUUUGAAAGCAGCAAGGCCAUAGAUGGGAACCUUCAGCAUGUGAGGAAGAUGGAGGGAAGUGCCUGACCGACAAACACUUGGGGUGUGGGCAGAAGGGGAAACAGAACGCAGCUGG